CGUGCAUCUACUUGCAAUCCUCUGCUUUCGCCUCCACCCCUCAAAUCUGCCGUUCCGGGGAGAAUGUGGUUGAAAGGACAGCCAAAGAAUCCGCUCGGCCAAUCUAUUGCUCCGGUGGGCCCAUACCAACAUUCACCACCAGCAAACCUCCGCAAAAUCUAAGUUGCACAAACCGUUGGCUGCUCUAUCUCACAGCUGGCACGCACGUCUCGGAGGGUUUAUAUCCUGACGGAAGCGCUCGCAGCAUCGUAUAAUUGCACCGCAAAAACACCUACUUUCACACCACAACUUCCAAAACCAUCAUGGACGAGCCAUCCGCUCAAGAUGGCGCCAGCUUGGAAGAUCAGCUGCGGAAGAUGAUUCUCGGCAAUGUCACCAUAUCCGAUGGACCAGCUAACCAACAAGCUCCUGCUCAAGAUCAUCACCAACAGCGUCCACGAGGCCGGGGACGCGGAAGCUCCUUCCGGGGACGAGGUCGUGAAGGGAGGAAUGCGCCAGCUCAGGCUGGCCGGGGGCAACAGUCAAGUGUAUCCAUGGCAGCCACGCACGGUAAUCGAGGAGAGCAGCAACAGUCAUUCCCACGGCUAGGCGGUGCUCAUGUUUCGCCGCACACUGCAGCUGAUCCUUCGCAUACAAGCCCAGAAGGAUCUCGGACCAAACCCAUGCCAUCUAACAGGCAGCGUGGUCCACGACCACCACGGCCGCCCCAAGCCCACAGCCAGACUCAACAGGCCGGGCUUCCUCCUACCUCGCAGCCCCCGAAGAUACUCCAACGGCCUCACAAUAUCACUAAUGCUGAUAACCAGGACGGGUCAUCAAAGGCACCAGCCAGUCAGUACCCACCCAGGCAAUAUGCUCCUGCGCGCCCACAAUACAUGAAUCAACCAAUGGAAAAUAUCUUGUGCCAGAUCAAUUAUCUCGACCAGCUGGCAUCGCAAGAAGUCUCCAAGGUCGAGAUAACCCUCACCGAGCUCGAGGAAAAGGAGACAUUCAGGAAGCACCUAGAAGACAUCUGCCAGAAAGCCUUCGCUGAGAAUUACAGCGGAGACAUAGCGACCAUCUCCCUAGUCGGGUUUGGCAGCUUGGCUUCGGGAUUCGCGACCCCUGGCUCAGAUAUGGACCUUGCAAUCGUCCCUGAAUGGAAGGAUCCUUCCCGAGCUCAGGAGAUUGGCAUCGAUCGAGAUAUACCCCGCCUGCUGGAGAGAGCAAUCCUAGACGCAAACAUGGGAGCACGUCUUCUGACCAGGACACGGGUUCCUGUCCUGAAAGUCUGCCAAAAUCCGACGGAGGAGCUGUACCAGGCCCUAUUCAAGGAGCGCUCGAAGUGGGAUGGGCUCCCCGAAGAAGAGAAAUACCCGCCCCCAGUGGCUCCGCCAGAGCCUUCGCCAGUGCCCAAGCCUUUGGUUGAGGUAGAUGGCGAGAAGAGCCCCAAGCUAAUGCAUCAUCCCCAGAAUCAAGGAUUUGGUGCCCAACAAGGCUCAGAAGAUGUGGGAUCUUCCAAGAAAUCGCAGUCUGAGAUGCAGGAAACUAUCGGUUCAAUAGGUGCCGAUACUUCGUUGAAGUCCGCAACAGGCAAAUCCAAAGAGAAUGACAACGGGACCGGAAACCGGAGUGAAAAUGGUGUCACGAAAGAGCAACAUCAUCGCAACGUCAAACCCUGGCUGCGCGAGAAGAUAAAGGGACCGCUCGACUUUCCCAAAACAGGCGUCGGCAUCCAAUGCGACGUCAACUUCGAGAAUCCCCUCGGCAUACACAAUACCCAUCUAUUGCGCUGCUACUCCCUUUGCGACCCCCGCGUUCGUCCCAUGGUGCUCUUUGUCAAAGCAUGGGCGAAGCGGCGCAAAAUCAACAGCUCGUAUUCGGGCACUCUCUCCUCCUAUGGCUGGGUGCUAAUGGUUCUCCACUACCUCGUCAACAUCGCGCAGCCCCCCGUAUGUCCCAACCUCCAGCUAUCCUGGCGCCCGCCCGUCACCACACUCGACGCAGAGAGUCUAGCGCAGAUGUUCAAAGAGACCAUGAUCGCAGGCUACGCCGUCCGCUUCUGGCGCAAUGAGCAGGAAAUCGUUCAGGCGGCGCAGUCAGGCCAACUAACCCGGAACCAGCAGUCUGUCGGUGCCCUCCUACGCGGCUUCUUCCAGUACUAUGCCUCAGUUCCACCAGGCUUCAUGUAUGGACCGCGACCGCCCUCCUUCUACUGGACGAACGAAGUCCUUAGCCUUCGAACCCCCGGCGGCAUCCGCCCAAAGGCAGAAAAGGGCUGGACAGGCGCGAAGACUACAUACGCUGGCGGCAAGGAGGUUCGCAACCGCUACCUCUUCGCCAUUGAGGACCCCUUCGAGCUGGACCACAACGUCGCGCGCACCGUGACGCACAACGGCAUCGUGGCUAUCCGCGACGAGUUUCGCCGCGCAUGGAGGAUCCUCAGCGCCAUCGGCAGGAACCAGCAGCCCGAGGGCAAUGUCUUCGAUGAGGUGAUUGAGGAGGUCCCUCCGCCGACGCCGGGCAAGCCCGAGCCAGAGCUGCAAAAGCCGAUGACGAUGGAGAACGUGCCGGCAGAUAGCGACAGAAGCGCAACAGCAGAUGCCGACGAGCGGCAUAACGAGACUAAGACACACGGAAACAUUGAAGGCACGGCGGGAUGAAACGCGAUGGCGUAAGCAACAGGGUGGGGUGAUCUUCUCCGAUCGACUGAAUCCGCCCUUGCAUCAUCAGACCAGGGCUAUCUUGUACUGUACAUUAGCCAGCGGCGUUUCCGGGCUCACGGUAUAUCACAACAUAGCAUACGGUACGGUAGCACAGGCACGGGCACGGUUGCCGUAUGUAUGCCGAGAUGGCGCUCGUAUAGAACUCUUAUAGAACCUUCGACGACGCCCCCAUGUCGUAUCUGAGUGGCGUGGGGCGUGAUCGGUCGGUGUGGAAUGAUUCUAGAAGCCGAACUUCGCCGGCAUGACCCGGGUUUUGCAGCGAGGAGAGAAGCUUUUCUGGGCAGCGGCACAUGGCGUCGGGAGAAGGGUUGGCGGCCUUGUGGCUGGUUGCUUUUUUCGAUGUAUGCUAGGAAUGAAAAGUUCCAAGAUGUUGCGUAGCUCGAGGAUGUGGC